AUCGGCGCUCGGCGUGAGGGUCAGUGAGUGGCCGCGGCCUGGGCCUGGACGCGCAUCGGCAUCCGCGUGGGGACCAGGGGAGCGACGCGGGCUCCCCACGGCUAGCCGAGGCUAUCCCGGAAUCACUUUGCAGCCCUUCCUGGUUCUGCCCUUCCACCUCCUUCAGUGGGAAUUACAGUCACAUCUGACAGUAUUUCAGACAAAGUCCGGUUUUCAACAAUGCUGAAAUCAAACAAUUGCUUUUUUUCCAUGGAUAAUUUGUUUUUCAGUAGCCCAGAUGAAAGUGAAAACCUUCCAGUUAAGGAAAAAUCACUGGAUUGGUUUCUCCCUCCAGCUCCACUGAUUUCAGAAAUUCCAGAUACUCAAGAGUUAGAGGAAGAAAUUGAAAGUUAUAAACUAUUAAGCCAAGGAAAGAUGCCAAAAAUGAUAACAUCAAAUCUGAAGAUCAUUAACGAAGACAAAAAUUGUAUUUCACCAACACAAAAAUUCCAUUUUCCCUGUAAUGUGCGUAAACAGGAUUACCUGAAAUUAGGAGGAUCAAGUAACAAUGACUCAUCCCGUAUUGCUGGCACACUGUUCUAUGGCUCUUCCCAGAAGUGUAAAGAUCACAUGGGCACUGACAAUCCACCUUCAAAGAGUGGUCCUGGGGAUCUGAAAUUCCCUAAUGCUGCAGAAGAUAGAGGAGAGUACACAUCAGCAUUCAAAAAAGGAUUAUUUAGAACAUGUGACAAUAUACAUGAAUGUGAUUAUGCUAAUGAAAAUAUAAACUUGGAUUCUCAUAUUAGCCCAGUGAAACUAGCCCAAACAAAAAUAAACAAAGAGAAAUCGUGGAACAGUAGCAAUAGUAAGCAGAAACUUCAAUAUUCUACAAAUAAAUUGAAAGCAAGUGAUGCUUUUUCUGCUUCUGAAAUUGGAGAAAACAUAUUCAAAGUACCAUCCUUUUCCAUUGCAUCUCAGCCUCAUGACAUUCAAGGUAUAACCCCAAAUGGCUUGGGUUCCUUGAAGGCUGUCACAGAAAUCCCGGCAAAAUUUAGAAGUAUAUUCAAAGAAUUUCCUUACUUCAACUACAUACAAUCCAAAGCCUUUGAUGAUCUUCUUUACACAGAUAGGAAUUUUGUGAUUUGUGCCCCCACUGGUUCUGGGAAAACUGUAGUGUUUGAACUUGCGAUAACAAGAUUGUUAAUGGAAGUACCAUUGCCAUGGCUCAACAUGAAAAUUGUUUACAUGGCACCAAUAAAAGCCCUUUGUAGUCAACGGUUUGAAGAUUGGAAAGAAAAAUUUGGACCAAUAGGCUUGAGUUGUAAAGAACUUACUGGAGAUACAGUAAUGGAUGACCUAUUUGAGAUUCAACAUGCCAAUAUAAUUAUGACAACUCCAGAAAAGUGGGACACCAUGACUAGGAAGUGGAGAGACAACUCUUUAGUCCAGCUGGUUCGACUGUUUCUCAUUGAUGAGGUGCAUAUUAUAAAAGAUGAAAACCGUGGUCCAACUCUUGAAGUUGUAGUUAGCAGAAUGAAAACUGUACAGUCUUUAUCCAGGGCCUUAAAAAAUGCCAGCCCUGUUCCUAUGAGAUUUGUAGCUGUAUCUGCAACAAUUCCCAAUACUGAAGAUAUCGCAGAAUGGCUUUCAGAUGGCGAGAGACCUGCUGUAUGUCUGAAAAUGGAUGAGAGCCAUAGACCUGUGAAACUUCAGAAAGUGGUCCUGGGUUUCCCCUGUAGUAGUAACCAAACCGAAUUCAAGUUUGACUUAGCCCUCAACUAUAAAGUUUACAGUGUUAUACGAACAUACUCGGAUCAGAAGCCCACACUUGUGUUUUGUGCGACAAGGAAAGGUGUGCAGCAGGCUGCUUCUGUUCUUGUAAAAGAUGCUAAAUUUAUUAUCACAGUGGAACAGAAACUGAGGUUACAGAAGUCUGCAUAUUCUAUAAGGGAUUCAAAAUUAAAAGAUGUCUUAGUGUAUGGUGUUGGUUAUCACCAUGCUGGGAUGGAGCUGUCAGAUAGGAAACUGGUUGAAGGACUAUUUACUUCUGGAGAUCUCCCAGUUCUUUUCACUACCAGCACUCUAGCUAUGGGAGUGAACUUGCCGGCUCACCUGGUGGUGAUAAAGUCUACAAUGCACUACAGUGGAGGCAUGUUUGAGGAGUACAGCGAGACAGACAUCCUGCAGAUGAUUGGGAGAGCAGGCAGACCUCAGUUUGACACUACAGCUACUGCCGUUAUUAUGACCCGAUUAAGUACAAGAGAGAAGUACAUUCAGAUGUUAGCUUGUAACGACACCGUAGAAAGCAGUUUGCACAGACAUCUUAUUGAACAUUUAAAUGCAGAGAUAGUACUGCACACCAUCACAGAUGUGAGCAUUGCUCUGGACUGGAUCCGAUCAACCCUGCUAUAUAUCAGAGCUCUGAAAAACCCAUCUCAUUAUGGUUUCGUAUCUGGAUUGAACAAAGAUGGAAUCGAAGCAAAAUUACAAGAAUUAUGUUUGAAGAAUCUGAAAGAUUUAUCAUCACUAGACUUGAUAAAGAUGGAUGAAGAUGUUUAUUUCAAACCAACAGAGGCAGGAAGACUAAUGGCUUGGUAUUACAUUACAUUUGAGACAGUGAAGAAAUUUUGUACAAUCAGUGGAAAAGAAACUUUAUCCGAUUUAAUUUCAAUGAUAGCCAGCUGCAAUGAGUUUCUAGAUGUGCAGCUGAGGAUAAAUGAAAAGAGAGCAUUGAAUGCUUUAAACAAAGACCCAAACCGGAUAACAAUCAGAUUUCCAAUGGAUGGGAAAAUUAAAACAAGAGAAAUGAAAGUGAACUGUCUUAUUCAGGCGCAGCUGGGAUGCAUUCCUAUCCAAGAUUUUGCUUUGACACAAGAUACCUCGAAAAUUUUCAAAAAUGGCUCACGAAUUGCAAGAUGGUUGUCAGAUUUUGUGGCUUCCCAGGAAAAGAAGUUUGUUGUGCUUUUAAACAGUGUGAUUUUAGCUAAAUGUUUUAAGUGUAAACUCUGGGAAAACUCUCGGCAUGUAUCCAAACAGUUGGAUAAAAUUGGCAUAUCAUUGUCAAAUACCAUGGUAAAUGCAGGUUUGACUUCUUUUAAAAAAAUAGAAGAAGCAAAUGCAAGAGAAAUUGAACUGAUUUUAAGCAGACAUCCACCUUUCGGAACCCAGAUAAAAGAAGCUGUGAUGUAUCUACCAAAGUAUGAACUUGAAGUGGAGCAGAUUGCAAGAUAUAGUGAUACCAAGGCAGAAAUACUGGUGACCAUUAUAUUAAGGAACUUUGAACAGCUGCAGACUAAAAGAACAGCACCAGACUCUCACUAUGCUACCUUAAUCAUAGGUGAUGCAGAUAAUCAAGUCGUUUUUAAGCACAAAAUUAUGGAUUCUGUUUUGUUAAAAAGUGGAAAUUGGGCUAAAAAAAUUGAUGUGAAGAGACCUCUUACAUCUGAAGAUCUUAGCAUAAAUCUAAUUAGUUCUGAUUAUGUUGGUCUUGAUAUUCAGCAGAAAUUUACAGUCUUUUAUUUAGGACCCAGGAGGUUUGUAAAUCAAACAGUUAUGCAAGGAAGAUUAGAAACAGAUAUUUCUCAUUCUAAACUCUCAGAUAGAGCUACUAUAGCAGGAUCCAGUAAAGGGAUGGCUACCUGCAAAAAACCUGGGAACCGAGAAUGCAAUCAUCAUUGUAAAAAUAAACAUACGUGUGGACAUGACUGCUGUAAAAUUGGAGUUCCACAAAAGCCAGAAGUUAAAGAGUCAGCAAUGUCUUCGUAUUUGUCUGACUUAAAAAGCAGAAAUGCUGUUUCUUCUCUUCCUCCAGUUAAACGACUCAAGAUACAGAUGAACAAAUCUCAAAAUGUGGACCUGAAAGAGUUUGGUUUUACUCCAAGGCCUUCCCUGUCCAGCAUAUCAAGAGCCCUUUGCAUAAGCAUUGAUGGAGAUUAUUUACUGGAGCAUGGGCAACUUACCAGUGGCUACCUCACUGAAGAAAGUGGUACCCCUCCCUCCAGCCAACAGGAGCUGUCAAUGUCUCUCAGGUCAGAAUAUUUAAACAUCCCUGAAUUACCGGUAUUGGAACAGUGGAGUCAGCGUGAAAUCUAUGGAAAAGUUCAACAGGAACCAUCUGAGUAUCAUGACAAAGAUUUUCUUGGAUGGAACUCUCGUACAACUUCAAAUGAAAGGACCCCUCAAACAGUGGUGUUCAGCAGACACACUAACAUAUCUGGAAAUCACAGUGUUGCAGAUCGAAACAAGUCUUCUGAAGUUUUGGAUGUGAACCUCGAGUUGGGAAAUGAAGUUUGGGAUGACUUUGAUGAUGAAAGCUUAAUAGAAGUUAUGAGUUUCUCAGCUGAUGCUGAGGAGACAGCUAUGUCAGGAUUUGGAGACACCUGUAGUUCAAGUCCCAGGGGAAGUAAGCUACCCUUCCAAAAGUCAAGCAGCAAAUUCCAAAGAGAAACCUCAAACAGUUUUGUUUCAUCACAUGAGAAGCCAGAUAUUUAUCCAUCAGAUUGUGCCAUGUCGAAGUUUGGUCCAUCUCUUGUGGCAGAGUUACCUCAACAAGCUGGAAAUGAAAAUCUUGUCAGUUUACAAGAGAGAAAACAGCCAACUCUCUCACCAGUGAUCGAGAGGGUAUGCUUUACCCACUCUAAGAAAACACAACAGUCCCUCAAUUUUAAGGAAGUGGAUAUUUUUAUUGGAAACAGUGACUCUAAAAAGAAAAUUGAUCUCAGUAAGUAUUAUCCUGAUGAUGCAGCUGAGGAAAGGAAGGCUCUUCUGGGAAUAUUUAAUGGCAUUUUCUAGAAAAAGAGAAGAAAGAAAAAAAGAAACAAUUAUUUUGCUAAUGAGCAAAGUAUAAACAUCUAAUCCCACCAAAUGCUUUUGUUUUUAAAAAUAAUUAAUAAUCAUUCAGAAUUUUCCUCAAAUUCAAUUCACUUCUUGACUUUCUUACAACAAAAUAUAUGAACUGAUACAUUUUUAUUUCUCUUGUAACUUCUUGAAGAAUGGUUUCGCUUCAGCAAACUUGUAAUUAAGUUAUUAUAAGUAAUUUGUUAUUAAACCAAUUUUAAUAGAAACUAAGGGUUUUUUUUAUUUUCUUAAGAAAGGUAUCUGAGAAAGCAAAAUAUUGCUGCCCAUGAAUCUGCAGCUUAUUCGUUCACAUGGUCUCAUGUGCUCUGCUCUGUUGUUCUCACUUCUGGGUUUUCAAGAACCCAGUAGCUUUUGAAAAUGUUAUUUCACUUUGAGCAGUAAUAAAUUAAAUAUUAAUUGGUAUGAAUUAUUGUUUUAUUUACCUUGUUUUUUCUUUUUUACAGUAUUUUAUUUAUUUAUGUGUUUAUAUAUGAUCCUACAUGAGUUUAUGUGUACCAUGUCAGUGCAGGAGCUCACAGAAGCCAGAGGAAUGUGUCAGAUCCCCUGGAACUGGAGUUACAGGUGGUUGUGAGCAGUCAUGUAGGUGCUGGGAACUGAACCUGGGUUCUCGGCAAGAACAGGAGGCACUCUUAACUGCCACAUUAUCUCUCCAGCCGUGUUUCCCUGACUUUGCAGAGCUAUGAGAUCUAAAAACUGUUAUUCUGCCUUUACUAUAGCAAAAGAUAGUUUCUAUUUUCUACCGUAAAUCUUAUCUCAAGUUUAUUUAUUGAGAAGUAAGAGUUUAGGCUAGUUUCUAAUUUACUGUAUAAAUAAUAGGUUAAGUUGAAACCACUUAAAUUUUAGAACAAUGAUUUGUCUCUGUGCAUAAAGAUGUAGAGACCAGAGAAGGAAAGAAGAGGAACUUGUUAGCGAAAUGAUUAUUGUCACUACUAACAAACAUUAUUAGGAAUAUGUACUACACCUCCCUCAAAAGCCUAGAACAAAGCUAAGAAGUCUGUCUCCUGUUAAGGAAGUCUGCCUGCCUUUAUGAUUGGUGUCUCUGUAUCUGAACCCAUCAUACGCAACCUUUAAAGAUUCUUCAGAUCUAUUAAAAUGAAAAAUGGACACACUAAAACCUGUUUAUCUUCUCCUUUGGCACUAAAGAAAUAACAAUUCAUUUCAGUGUGAUCUGUUAAGUGAAAAGCACUGUAUUUGGUCCUGCAAAGGAUGAGGCCACUGUUUCUGUU